UUUCUUAUCUUGAUUGCUUCUGCUAAAAUCUCUAGAAAUAUUGAUUGCAAUUUCCAUUAAAUCUUUACUUUGAAAAUUAAUAUUGCAGGAAGUUAUCUUAAAGUUCCUAAGGAGAAUCUUAAAAUCCUGAAUUCUACCUCAACUCUAGAUAAGAGAGCAUCCAGAUGUAAGCUGCCGCUUGUGAAAAUCUUAAGCCUGAAAAAGAGUCUAAAGAGGGUUAGAAGAAUCUCCAGAGUGACGAUCAUGGAAGGAUUUCCUGAAGGGAUUAGGAAAAGGCCAAGGUCAAGCACCUUCUCGAUGAAGAGACGUAAAGUAGCCCAAACACCAAGGAAAUCUGCCUUCUUCUCACCAUCGAUUAAGAAGAGUAUAAUGAGAUUAGCCACUCCUAGAAGGAGCAGUCGUUUACAGAAGCUGUCUAAAGCCAGUGUUUCUCAUACUAACAACACUGUUGAGGAAUCCGAGGAGAAUAAGGCAGAAAUUCAGAGAAUUCCUGAUCUGGAAAUCUUUUCUACAUUUAUGUUCAAGGUCAAUGAAUCUCUAGUUAAAAAUCCCAACCCAUUGGUUGGAAAUAUUAUUCAAUUUGGUACAGUAAAGGCUAUCAAAGAGUUCAUUUGGAACUGUAUUCAUAAGUCAUUAGAGGAAAAGGAGCAAAAGUCUUCAUCUCAAGGAGUUCUAGCCUUCACAUCUAUCACAGAUGAAGUACUCAACCAGCUUCUUACAAGUUUUAAGGAUUUUAAGAAUACUGACCUCAAGGAUUGGUUCUCAGAGUACAAAUAAUGAAGAUUUUAUCCCAAGUCUGAAGAGUAUCUGUUCCAAAGCUAAUGCUUCAUUUCGUGGUGAAUCUCCUGUAGAGGACUUGAUGUUAGAUAAGAUAGACUCAAAGAUCCUCCUUGAUUUCCUGAAUGGUCUCAUGAAGCUGAUAAAAAUUAAAUUUAAGGCAUGCUAUAACAGAAUUACUGAAGCACCUAAUGAAGAGGGGAAACAAAGAAAUAUCUCAAAAUUAAGCUCAGGCGACCUUAAAUCUAAAACUAUGACUCUCCUAAAACCUUGAAAGAAGUGCAAAUCCUCGUGUAGGUCAUCUCUAUCUUCUUCUAAAGUUAUUAAAAUCAAUAAAAGACGCAAAAAAUCAGGAAAACAUUUCGAAUCACAAAAAUUUGAAAAGGGACUUAAGUCCCUUUCCCAGCCAAAUAUUUCCCAGGCUCUCCACUCAACACUUGAAGACUCUCAGAAGACUAAACUGAAAGGAAGUGAUAUUGCCUUGAAGUCCUCACUAAAAGUCAGGACUUCAAAGAAAGUCACUGAAAGUGUAAAUUCUUCCACAGUUCAAAGAUUCGAUUCCAGUCAAGCCUUUAUAAGCCGUGUUGAGGGUAUGAGUAACACUAUAAAUCCCCAAAAGGGUAAGAUAAAGAGAGAAUUUAUCAAUCCUAAGAAAGGACUGGACGUGUUCCAUAGUCUGAAACAAAAAUUGGUCAACCAAGAUUUGUUACUCGAAUCUAUGAGGGAGACAAAGCGAAAGAGUAUGAAAUCGUCUGGUGGUAAGAAAUCUAAGCCCAGGCAUCCGACUACAAUGAACUCUAAAGCCUUCAGCAGAAUGAUAAAGACUUGUGAGAGGUUGAUUAAGAUAUCCGCCAGGAAGACAGGACCUUUUGAUAAACUCAAAUUUCAAAAAGAUUUUAGGAGACUAGACAGCUUCAAAAGCUUCGCAAUGGAGAAGGGAGCAGUGGACCCAGAUGAUAGUAAUUUCAUGGAAACUCAGAAUAAAAAGAUUUGUGAAGCGUACCUCCAAGCAAGAUUUGAUGAUGACAUCAUUUCGUAUUCAAGGAAAUUUACAAACCUGAGUUAUCUUGAAAUAGACGAAAAAGCAUCCAUAAUCCAGCGUUCUUGGAAAUGAUACAAAGCCAAGCAGCUUUUAAAGACUAUGAGGAAGAAUUUUAAAGAAAAUCAAAGAAGGUUGAUCCAAAAAAUGAAAGAUCUUGUCAAAAUAGACCCUGAGAAGAGACUAGAAAUAAAUCUUGACAUUAUGAGUGACCUAAAUCAGUAUAAGAAGCUUGAUGAUAUGAUAACUAAAAACACCCAAUCCUAAGAAAAGUAACGGGUGUCGGAACACGAAUCCAAAUCAUGUUUGCGAACCUAAGAAAACAAAAUGAGAGAGGAAAUUCACUAAAUUUGAGAACCAGUUGUUUAAGGCUGCGUAUGAUAACAACACUAAUUUUCUAAAAAUAAAUAGUUUUCAGUUCCACCAGAAGAAAUACUUGAAUCUUAAAGACAGUAACGGAAACAGCUUGCUCUACAACGCAGUGGGAAGCAUCAAUUUGGAGUUCGUUAAAGCCUUAUUGGGACUUGGAGCAGAUAUCAAUUUGAGAAACUCAGAAGGAAACACAGCUCUACACAAAGCCAUCGAGAUAGAGGACUUUCGGAUGAUCAAUAUGCUGAUCCAGAGAGGUGCCAACCCAUUAAUCAAAAAUAGGUGCCGUAUCACACCUCUCAUGAAAGGAAGUGUAAGAAUUCUCAAAGAGGUUGGCCUUGAAUACUUAAAGAAGCAGGAAGAUGAGAAAGAAAAUCCAGAUUCAAGACUAAAUGAAGAGGAAGGGCCUAUCAGAAUGAAUCAUUUCAAGGAUAAAUUUGACUUAGAACUGAAUGAUGUGAUA